AUGAUUCGGGACAUCUUGAAGGGCUUAAUCGUGAUCUGGGACAAAGGACAUCUUGAUCCAAGCGGACUAUUUCUUAAUCCUGACGGGCUCCGUCGUAAAUUGAAAGGGGUUCCAUCAAUUCUAAAAGGCUUCGUGGGCUCCUUUGUGAUCUGGUUAAGCCUCAUUGUGAUCAUUGAGGGUGUCAUUGUAAUCCUGGGGCUCCAUCAAGGUGGUGGAAAAUAUCGUCGUGGUAUCCGGCAGGAUUUCAUGUUUUACGCUUUUUGGUCGGUCUAUUUUCAAUUGAAUUUUCUGCGCUUCAUUGAUUUUUACUCGUUUUUAAUUCAUCUGAACGGCGGAAUCUGUGUAUUUAGUAUCAAAAUUACAGAUUCGCUGAAAUAUGGCGAAUAUAAGCAGUCCACGGAUUUGCAUGUUGUUCGUGUAACCCAAAAGGACAUCCUCAUCGAUGCCGUUAUUUUUCACGAACGCUCAUUGCAAAUCAAUUUUCACUGCUUAUCGGAUAAAGAUCCAAUCUUGGUGAGAUAUGGCCUGGAUAAAUCAACACAGUUGAUCUGGCAUGCCCUGUUGGCCAGUGAUAUAAUCCCGGAGGAGUGCCAAAUGCGUACCGAUGACCGGGAAUUCGUGCUAAAAAAACGCGAUCCAAAUCAGUGGACUUCAGGACUGCUGCAAUGUGGCUCGACGAACUCGUUGUCCGGCGGCCGCUCUUCCUCGGUCACUCGUCCACAUACUUCGCGACCAAGUGUUUCGUAUCGCUAUAGCGGCGUCAGCAGUACAUUGGCAUCAGCAACCAGCGAUCGAGCUGGUCUACCACCAAAAGGACAGUCGUCGAGUACCUCACAUGCUUCCAAGUACCAGCGUACAUCCUAUUAUCCGACAACUCGUGUUGGUUAUUCUCCCCAGUCCUACGUAACAACCACAUUUGGAUAUGGCAGUAGCAGUGCUGCACCCUCGUCAGCAACCUCAACAACACUGCGAUCACGUUCGUCGAGCUCUGUUGUACGAAGCGCAGAUGUCCGUGCACGUGAAGUAUCGCGUCCAGAUAAUCAAAAAAGCUUGAGAUCGACAUCGUCAUCGUCAUUUUCGUCGGCAUCGGCCUCCUCAGCCUCAUCGUAUAUCGUC